AUGAAUAGAGGAGAAACCUUAGAUUCCAUCCCAACUGAUCUGAUUCUUGAUAUACUCUCGAGACUGCCUACAAAGUCCAUCGCGAGAUUUCACUGCGUUUCGAAGCUAUGGUCGUCCAUGCUUGCCAGUCAAGAUUUCACCAGGUUGUUCGUUAACAGGUCCUCAUCUAAUCCACGUCUCUUACUCGGGAUCGUUCGAGGCGGUGAGUGGAGCUUCUACUCGUCGCCUCAGCCUAAGAAUCCAUAUGAGAAGUCAUCUCUUGAAGUAGCCGCUGAUUUUCAUAUGAAGCUUUCUGAAAUAAAACAACAUCAACAUCACGGGACUAGCUAUGCUUUUGGUUUGAUAUAUUUACGUACUGUGUGGAUGUCAAAAGAGGGGUUUGACCCGAUUGGCAAGCAAUUCAAGGUUUUGGUUCUUAACAUUCUAGACAAUCAUUAUAUUCUGACAUUAGGAACAGAAAAUGAUAAGUGGAGGAGUAUCCAAAGUUCCUUAAGGUAUCGUCCUUGUGGGCAAAGCCCGAUAUGCAUUAAUGGAGUUUUGUAUUACAUAGCUUACGAUACACAGGACAGCUCGAAUGAUGUGAUAGGUUGUUUUGAUGUUAGGUUUGAGAAAUUCAAGUUUUUCCAUGAUCUCGAGAAAGAGGAAUGGUCGAAGUAUGCCUACACUUUGAAGCCUGAUAAUAAUGUUGUUAAGGUUAAUUAUAAUCUUUCCUUUGUUGGGGUUACUACUAGAGGUGAAAUUGUUUUGGCGAAGAUGUAUGCAUGUAAACCGUUUUAUGUUUUCUACUAUAAUCCCGAAAAUAACACUCUCUUAAGUGUUGAAAUUCAAGGUGUUGGAGAAGACUCUGAAUGGUUUAGCAAUUAUCAGAGAGUCUACGUCUUUGUAGAACAUGUGAAGGAUCUUCAUCAGUUUGAUAAUACGAAGACAUCUAUAAACCUACCAGAACAGAAGCGUAAACCCACAAGCAUAUCAAUAUCAUCUAAAUAUGAUGAUCAUGUUAGGACGACACUGAUAUCAUCUAGAAAAAAUCAGCAAGUGACGACUGUUUCUCGCCCGCAACAAGAUCGGCGUACAACUAACAAAUUUAGUGCUCUGUGUCUUUUAGUGAUGAAGAAUUCUCAGGUGUCUAAACCUGAUUGCUUCAGUUGGUCCUCUGCAACUAUGCUCUACCUGUGA